AUGCGACUUGCAGACACCGAGCUUGCCUUGUAUGAAGCGCUUGCGACUCUACGCACAAUGAACGGUCCGUCACUCGUCCGAGCUUCCAAAAAGGCCCAGAUAUCCCCGAAACAGAAGGCUGCACGAAUGGAAGAAUGGACACAAUUUCCUUUGCACGAGCCAUCGGAUUUGGAGCGCUGGUUGGAGGCAAAGAGCGACCAGUUUACGAUAAUAAACAACGUUCGCGAGCAGCGCACAAUGUUUUCGAUUGAGGCAAACAAUCGUGACGCUGGCUUUCGGCCACAUGUCCAGAAUUUUUAUCGGAACAGAUUCACCGGACGGCUCUCGAUCAAGUCUACAGAUGAGCAUAAACCAAGCCACUUCGCCUUCAACUCCUGGUGGGACCUCCUUGAGUGA